AUGGCGUGGAACGCGGGCCAGACGGAAGCCCCCGAGGCGGGCCAGCUCCAACACCCGCAGCAUGAGGGCUCGCUGUUCCCGGCGUCCACGCUGAUCCCGGUGACGGCGCUGUGCGGGGCCAUUUUGCUGGUGGGCGUGGCGGGCAACGCCAUGACCAUCCUGAUCAUCGGCCGCUCCAAGGACAUGAAGACCACCACCAACCUGUACCUGUCCAGCAUGGCGGUGUCGGACCUGCUGAUCUUCCUGUGCCUGCCCUUCGACCUCUACCGCCUGUGGAGGUACUCGCGCUGGCCCUUCGGCGAGGCCGUCUGCCUGCUCUACCACUACGUCUUCGAGGGCUGCACCUCGGCCACCAUCUUGCACAUCGCCGCCCUCAGCGUGGAGCGCUACCUGGCCGUCAGCUUCCCGCUGCGCGCCAAGGCGCUGGUCAGCCGGCGGCGGGCGCACUACGCGGUGGCCGCCCUCUGGGCCUUCGCGCUGGCCUCCUCGGCGCCCGCCCUUUUCCUGGUGGGCGUGGAGUACGACGCCCAGGCCGGCGCCGGCCAGUGCAAGCACACCGACGGCUCGGUGCGCUCGGGGCGCCUGCGCGUCAUGCUCUGGGUCUCCACCGGCUACUUCCUCUGCCCCGCGCUCUGCCUGGUCGCGCUCUACGGAUCCGUCGGGCUCAAGCUGUGGAGGGGACGCGGGCACGCCGCCCGAGGGCCCGGCGCGCUGGCGCGGGAGCGCGCGCACAGGCAGACCGUCAAGAUACUCGUGGUGGUGGUUCUGGCCUUCAUCAUCUGCUGGCUGCCGUACCACAUCGGGCGCAACCUUUUCGCCCAAGCGGACGGCUACGACACGGCCAUGCUGAGCCAGAACUUCAACAUGGCCUCCAUGGUGCUGUGCUACCUGAGCGCCUCCAUCAACCCGGUGGUGUACAACCUUAUGUCACGCAAGUAUCGCGCCGCCGCCAAGCGCCUCUUCAAAGGUGCGGCUCCUGAGCCGCGCCCCAGCCAGAUAAGUGCCGUCAGCGCCACCGUUGCCGAGAGGGUCCGCCUCGACCUCGUCGCCGUCGAGCGCUAA